CCUCGAGUCUGAUAUGACGACAAGAACGAAUCGAAUGCUUGCGGAAUCCGGGGCUCCUUUCGACCAGACCCAGACCCAAACCUUCAGCAGCGCAGCUGUGGCUAUACACAUGGCUGGUACUGCCGGUGCUGGGUAGCCAGGCUGGGCUUGGCGGUGAGUGCAUGGCUGAACGCGCUCGCCGUGGUAGGGGAUGCUGCGUCCUGCUCUCCUCUCCUGAACCUCCCAGAUGGCCCAUUAAGCUCCCCCAGCCCGAUGCGACACUGCACAACCCAAUCCCCACGACUGCCACGAGCUGCGACUCUUGCAUCUUGAGGUUGCUGUCAUCUCAGAGGAGCCAUCUUACUUCCCGUACCACCCCCCCUGGCCACCCGAGCGGAGCGCGGAGCGGGUCUUCGCAGCACGCGCGCUCCCGGCAUCCUCCACGGCGAUUUCCUUCCCACGCCCCAAUUCCAACACCAUGGCCCCAAAAAGGCCCCCCGAUCAAGACUUCCACUUGGAAACGAAGCAGCCGAAGCUGGAGCCAGGCAUUGCUGCCGCUCCCUUGAGGCCGCAGCCCUCGCCCGCCUCCGACUAUUCUGCGCCCAUCAAGAGGAAGCUCCAGAGCUCGAGUCGGACAGGCCAGGCUUGCGAUCGCUGCAAGCAUCGCAAGAUCCGAUGCGAUCCUAGACCAGAGGGAUGCUCGCCGUGCGCGCAGAACAACACCGAAUGCACAACUACCGAUCGCAUCACUGGCCGACCUAGGGCGCGAGGCCAGAUUGAAGCCGUCGAAGCGGAGAAUCGCCACCUUCGCGCCCAAGUCCACGAGCUCCAGACCCAGCUCAAAGAACUAGGAGCGAACCCCAGACUUCCUCCCAACCAUAAUGGUUAUCAGGAGAGCACGCCCUGGCAGCCACCGCAGCAUGGACACGAAGGUACGGCGUGUGACAAAACCAGAAACCGGCGGGAAAGCACGUUGCUACCUGACCCACCCAUCGUGCCCUCGAGUCGAGUGGCCGGCACCGAGAACCGACCCUUACCUUACUUCAAGCCGCAUCGCGUUGGCGAUAAUUACCUCGGCGUGUCGUCUACCAAUUCCCUCGUGAGCCACAUCAAGGGCACCUCCCUGUCGAUAUUUGGCACCGAAAUAGACAUCACCGACCUUGUCCAAGGCGAAGAGGACUACGAGACUUCUGUCAUGUCAUAUGACCAUUUCCUGCGUGUUAUCCUGCGAGAAGAUACGGAUAUUGAGGCGGUGCCUAUGCCCCAGUAUGAGAAGCUGAGAAAAUAUGCUGAACUGUAUAUGAGGACGUUGAACCCGUAUACCAUGCUGCUCGAUAAACGUACUUUCAUGGCUCUGAUUGAUCGUAUAGGAACCGACCCAAGCUUUGAACCAUCUCCCACGGAACUGGUAUGCGUGCACAUGAUGAUGGCGACUCUAGAGUACCAACUCGCAGCACGAAACGUGGACGGUGGCGGGCAGUCUUUUGCCCAAGCCCAUAAGCAUUAUCGCUAUUCUCUGAGUUUCUUCAAUCACCUGUUGCAUGGUCAUACCUGGCAAGACAUCCAGGCAUUGUCCAUGAUUUGCCACUACAUGCGCAACUUCCCAAAACCGGGUGCGGCUUGGCUCAUUCUUUCUACUACCUUUUUGCUCGCAAUCGAACUGGGUUUCCAUCGGUCGACAAAAGCGUGGGAAGACUCGGGCGAAAGGGAUCCCCUCGAGAUUGAAAUGCGGAAACGCAUCUUCUGGGCGCUUCACGCCAUGGCGAGCAAUCUCUCCGGGAAGCUAGGGCGGCCAAUGCCAAUCAAUAUUGAAGAUAUCGACGUCGAAUUUCCGGAGCCUGUGGACGACUAUCUGCCCGACGAACAGGUAUCUUCCGAUUUCCAGAAAUGCUCGUUUCAUGUAGGAAUUCACACAGUAAAGCAUGCUGUGGUCGGUUCAUCGCUCUUCCGCAGUGUCUACGGCGUCAAACAAUCCCCACGUGAUUACGAGGAUGCAGUACGUCGCCUAGAACGUGAGAUCCAACAGUGGAGGGCAAAUAUUCCAGCUGAGCUUGCGGACCCUUCGGGUGCCUACAACGAGAACCACAUCUUCGCUCUGUAUCUGGAAUACUGGUACUUGGAGUUUCAACUCUUGCUCUACCAUCCUGCCGUCUGCCGGUCCACGGACCCCGGCUUUCUCAAAUCCAACCUUGACAAGUGUCUCGAGGUAACGCAAAAGAUGGUGCACACUUGCGCAGCUAUCAUCAGAUACAAGAGUCUGGACAUCACUUGGAUUCAUGUUGUGGUAUAUAUCGCGGCAUUGUCGACGCAGCUGUUCGUGUACGAGAAGAGAAAGGAUCAGAUGACCCGGGAGGAUAUGGACAAGCUGAAACGUGACAUGGGCCAGUGGAUGCAUGUCAUGGGCACCUGUGGCAAGUAUCUGAGGACCGGCGACAAACUACGCCUCGCUGUUCAGGCAAUUGUCGCAAAAUCGCUAAGGGAGAUCAGUGACAGUAUCGCUACCCGCACUGCGAGAGAAUCGUUAGCGCAAGUCGCCCUGCAAGCUCCCCCAGAACAGCCAACCCGCACGGCAUACGGAGAAGGAAACGGAAACGGAAACGGAAACGGCGGCGCAAGCGGAAAUGUCAACGGUAACGCUUACGCGCAGUAUCAGAACACGGAUGCUGUCAGUGCAGGCGGUGAUAGCUCGGGUGCCACGGCGGUUGCGGCAUAUGGCGGGUCAGCCGCCAAUCUGACCUAUGGGUACAACAAUGGAAUUCCCCCCACGAUCCCCUCCGAGUUCCAACAAAACUACACAGCUAAUCAGCAGGCGUACGGUGCUAACGAACACGCUGGCAUGGCAGCCUCACAUGCCGCAGCUUUAGCAGCCGCAGCCACGCAACAAUCGAACGAGCGCUAUGCAUAUCCUCAUCAGACCCAAAACCCCCCUAACGUCUAUCAGGCCCAAUACAACACCAUGUUGGCCACUCCCAGCGACUGGGCAAUGUGGUCACGAACCACUGUCCAGCAGCAGUUUGCACCGCCGUACGACUACACCACUACAGCGGCGACGCUGCUACCCCAGACCGCCGGGCAAGAUGGAAGCGCUGCGGGUGGCGGUGGGGGAUCGGUCCUACAGGGUCAGGGCAUCGAUUUCCAGAGUAUGCGGUGGCCAAACCUGGUUCUCAGCAUGAGCAACAUGAGGGGAGCUCAUGGUGCCAAUGGCCACGUUGGCUAGAAUGCACGAGCCGUUGGAAUGGGCUACCAAAGCGAGCCCCUUCAUUCAAUUUCCCUGUUGUUACAAUGUUUCUUCCAAAAGUACUUCUGGUGUAUCCUAAAAUCCGCGCACGGUUUUACAGUCGGGAUCCGGUGCACUCUUGGGCGACUUUUCCUUCUUCUGAUCUCAUGAUUCUGUUGUUCGGAUAUACCAGGACUUUUUUGUUGUGCUAUGCAAAGGAAAAAGGCAUGGAGUUCUGGACAGGACGCUAAGUCCCGGUUUUUAAUAUGGAAGAUUGCGCAGACGGGAAGGGCAAUAAUCUGUCGCCUCAGGCGAGAACAAACGACCCUGGCCUUACUAACCAACGAACGGCAUCUCGGUGCCGGCCAGGGUCGCUGGUACAAUACGAUUCGUAGGAUAUAUGAUAUAUUCUAAGAUUAGAAAUUUGGAGAUCUGGCUUGCUGGGCCUCUGGUCUCCACGAGACAGG